GACAUGUGAUUUCAUUUCAGGAACGACUGACCUCUGAGGAUGUGGCCAUCAACUUCACUCAGGAGGAGUGGGAAUUCCUGGACCCUGCUCAGAGGGCCUUGUACAGGGAUGUGAUGCUGGAGACCUACAGGAACCUGCUCUCCUGGAUAUCUCUCCUACACAUGUGAUGAAGCAUUUAAAACCCAAAGCGAACAGUGAUAAACGAGAAACAUUCCAAACAUUGAUGCUGGGAAGCCCUGAAAGCUGUGAAAUCAAACAUUGUCAUCUUUGGGAAAGUCAGGAAAAUAUGUGUGACUUUGAGUGUCAGGGGAGAGAUGACAAAAGAAACUACAAAGGCACACCUAUAAGCCUUAAUGGAAAUGUGCCUCAUGGAAGAGAUUCGCAUGAUAGAAAGGAUGCAGGCAUCAAGCCCUUUGGAAAGAGGUUUGGAUUUAACUUUCAGGAUAAACUGCAGAUAUUUCAAACUGGCGGGAUAAUUUCUGAAUAUAAUCAAGUUAAGAGUUCUGUAGACAACAGUUUCUCAUUUUCACCAGUUCAAAGAAUUCCUCCUUGUGUCCAAACCAGUGUUUCUAAUAUAUAUGGGAAUGAUUUUAUGAAUCCUUCAGGAAUAACACAAGAACUCAAAGCACACAGGGAAAAACCUUACAAAUGUGAUGAGUGUGGCAAGGCCUUUACUCACAGCUCACACCUCAAGAGACAUAAGAAAAUUCAUACAGGAAAGAAAUUAUUUAAAUGUGGUAUAUGUGAUAAAGUCUUCAGCCAAAAUUCAAAUCUUGCUCGUCAUCAGAGGGUUCAUACUGGAGAGAAACGUUACAAAUGUGAAGAGUGUGGCAAGGCCUUUCGUGAAAAGUCAACCCUUUUAAGGCAUCAGACAGUUCAUACUGGAGAGAAACCUUACAAAUGUGAUGAGUGUGGCAAGUCCUUUUGUGUAAAGUCAACCCUUUUAAGUCAUCGGACAGUUCAUACUGGAGAGAAACCUUACAAAUGUGAUGAGUGUGGCACGGCCUUUCGUCUAAAGUCAAACCUUUUAAGUCAUCAGACAGUUCAUACUGGAGAGAAACCUUACAAAUGUGAUGAGUGUGACAAGGCCUUUGCUCACAGCUCAGUCCUCAAGAGUCAUAAGAACAUUCAUACUGGAAAGAAGUUAUUUAAAUGUGGCACAUGUGACAAAGUCUUCAGCCAAAAUUCAAACCUUGCUCGUCAUCAGAGGGUUCAUACUGGAGAGAAACGUUACAAAUGUGAUGAGUGUGACAAGGCCUUUCGUGUAAAGUCAACCCUUUUAAGGCAUCAGACAAUUCAUACUGGAGAGAAACCUUACAAAUGUGAGGAGUGUGGCACGGCCUUUCGUGUAAAGUCAACCCUUUUAAGUCAUCAGACAGUUCAUACUGGUGAGAAACCUUACAAAUGUAAUCAGUGUGGCACGGCCUUUCGUCUAAAGUCAACCCUUUUAAGUCAUCAGACAGUUCAUACUGGAGAGAAACCUUACAAAUGUGAUGAGUGUGGCAUGGCCUUUCGUGUAAAGUCAAACCUUUUAAGUCAUCAGACAGUUCAUACUGGUGAGAAACCAUACAAAUGUGAUGAGUGUGGCAAGGCCUUUCGUCUAAAGGUAACCCUUUUAAGUCAUCAGACAGUUCAUACUGGAGAGAAACCUUACAGAUGUGAUCAGUGUGGCACGGCCUUUCGUGUAAAGUCAAGCCUUUUAAGUCAUCAGACAGUUCAUACUGGAGAGAAACCUUACAAAUGUGAUGAGUGUGGCAAGGCCUUUUGUGUAAAGUCAACCCUUUUAAGUCAUCAGACAGUUCAUACUGGAGAGAAACCUUACAAAUGUGAUGAGUGUGGCAAGGCCUUUUGUGUAAAGUCAACCCUUUUAAGUCAUCAGACAGUUCAUACUGGUGAGAAACCUUACAAAUGUGCUGAGUGUGGCAAGGCCUUUCGUCUAAAGUCAAUCCUUUUAAGGCAUCAGACAGUUCAUACUGGAGAGAAACCUUACAAAUGUGAUGAGUGUGGCAAGGCCUUUCGUGUAAAGUCAACCCUUUUAAGUCAUCAGACAGUUCAUACUGGAGAGAAACCUUACAAAUGUGCUGAGUGUGGCAAGGCCUUUGCUCAGAGCUCACACCUCAGGAAACAUAAGAAAAUUCAUUCAGGAAAGAAAUUAUUUAAAUGUGAUAUAUGUGACAAACUCUUCAGCCAAAAUUCAACCCUUUUAAGUCAUCAGACAGUUCAUACUGGAGAGAAACCUUGUGAUGAGUGUGGCAAGGCCUUUACUGACAGCUCAUACCUCAGGAGACAUAACAAAAUUCAUACAGGAAAGAAAUUACUUAAAUGUAAUAUAUGUGACAAAGUCUUCAGGCGAAAUUCAAAGCUUGCUCGUCUUCAGACGGUUCAUACUGGAGAGAAACCUUACAAAUGUGAUGAGUGUGACAAGGCCUUUCGUGAAAGGUCAACCCUUUUAAGUCAUCAGACAUUUCAUACUGGAGAGAAACCUUACAAAUGUGAUGAGUGUGGCAAGGCCUUUCGUGUAAAGUCAACCCUUUUAAGGCAUCAGACAGUUCAUGCUGGAGAGAAACGUUACAAAUGUGAUGAGUGUGGUGAGGCCUUUCGUGAAAAAUCAACCCUUUUAAGUCAUCAGACAGUUCAUACUGGGGAGAAAUCUUACAAAUGUGAUGAGUGUGGAUAAGUCUUCGGUCAAAAACCACAUCUUCAACCUCACUGGAGAAUUCAUACUGGAAAGAGACCUUUCAGAUGUAAUGAGUGUGGCAAGUUCUUCAGUCAAAAUUCACACCUUACAAAACACUGGAGAAUACAUAUAGAGAAACCUUUCAAAUGUUUCGAGUGUGGAAAAUCCUUUUCUCAGGUUUCAGCACUCACUAAACAUCAGAAAAUCCAUACAUGAGAGCAACUCAUGUGAAUGUGGUAUAUGGUAGAAGUUUUCAAAAUUCACACCCUGCUGUUGCUCAGAGAAUUCAUCCUACUGAGAAACCAUACAAAUAUCAUGAGUGUGGCAACAUCUUAGGCUUUAUGAGAAAAUUCAUACUGGAUAGAAGCCAGAUAUGUAUGUAUUUAUUAGUUAGGUCUUUAGAACGUGAAUUCAUUCUGGAUUCCUCACCAAUUUCACAAAUGUUAAAAAAAAAAAAAAUAACCGUAUCCUCACAUCUCACCAGUAGUAUCAGAGUAUUUAUCCUGGAGAAAACACACAGCAAUGUAACGUGUGUGGCAAGGAUCUUACCCAAAAGUCACAAGAUAGGAACAUAGGGGAGCCAUACUUCCCAGACUCAGUGGUUGUGGCAAAUCCUUUACCUUUUUCUCUAUAUGUAUUCUCUGAUGACUUUAGUUCAGGUACUCAGCAACUGUAGUAAGUCCAUAUUUGAAGAGAAGCUAUAGAGAUCUUUUCGUGUAAAAGAAACCCGAAUUCUACCUCAGCAAAUAUUCUUUGGGACAGUAGUCCGCCAUCUUUUUGGUUUCCUGGCUUUCUGAAUAAAGUCACUAUUCCUUUCCCAACAAGUAGUCUCUCAGUUUAUUGGCCUGUUGUGUGGUGAGCUCUAAGAGCUUGGCUGUGGUAAUACAUUGAUCAAAUGCAUUUGCUACAUGUGUUUCAUGAUGGUCUCUGGGAAGGAAUCAGUGAGAUGAAGGGAUCGACUUCAUUAGAUACAAUUCAUUCACAUCCAUGUUCCCUGGAAAAACACACAGCCUGAAUUACAAAAUUCAAUAGUGUGUGUGUGAAUUAGCAACAGGGAGGGGAGAAAGUAACAUAAAACUAGGACAUGACUCAUCACGGUCAGUAGGAACAGGAAGCCCUUCUGUACAUAGUCCAGCCUGUUAUAAAACAUAAUGUUCUAUCAACUGACCUUGAACAGAGUAGGCAAGAUGUUAAAAGGCCUGGGCUUUUCGUAGGAGGAGAGGGAGAGUUACCAGGGACUGAUGGUGUGCCAGGAACAAUGCAUAGGAAUAGGGUCAUGUUCUCCAUUGGAUAGAAAUAACUGUUGUAUAUAUGAUUAAAGAGUUACUCUUAUUUGUGGAAAUUGAAGACAGAGCUGUCAUGGUCUUUGUAGACCGGGACCCAAGGAAUGGAGUCGAUGAGAAGAAGGAAGCAGGGGACCCAAGUCUCGAGUGAAACAAGUGUGUUUUAUUUGCAGAAACGCAUGUUUCUAUAUCUUCAUUCAAGGCAGCUUUAGGCAGUAAAAAAAAAUUGAGGAAAAACAAAGCCAAGCAAAUAACAAUCUUGAAAGGGCCAGAAAGCAUUCCAUAUCCUGAGGAAGAGGGGCAUAACUGAACAGAUUACCUUCAAAUAAAAGGUCACUGAAGGGAGUCACUGAAGGGAUUCCAAGCAGAUGCUCUUUCUCAUGACCUCAGUCCUGAGAACUGCAUGCAGCUCUGCUCAUUCCUGUUUUCCAGGAACUGAUAAAGAAUAGAGUCCUUGAGAAUCAGCACACAAAAGAAGAAAAUAUCAUGUUGGAUCCUUUAAAUUUGAAUGUCCCCUGACAGUUCCCUCUUUUUUACUUUUUCAUAAUUGGGGAUGACUGUAGGUACUUGUGUGAAAAAGGCCCUGAGCAAGUGAGUUUGUUUAGUUUGAACAAUUUUAGUUGAAAGGCAUCAAUAUGUUAAGAUUAUAAUCACCAGGAUAAUUAUCAGCAUUAUAGUUCCAGAUCCAAUACUAUGUGUAAUGCCUUGAAACCAUCUUCGAGGGUCUAGCCCAGAUAAUUGAUCAGCUAGCUGUUCAGCUAAGGUUCCCAAAUUGUUGGAAGAGGGUAGACUCUUAGAGAAGGUUUCAAGGGUUUCCUUUUGCAACAAUUGUACAUUUAAGGAAGCAUUAUUAUGCAUAUCUUGCAAAUGAAAUUUGAUUUUUUCCUAAUUGUAAGCACUAUGGUUGAACCGAAGAGGAGUGAUACAAAAUUGAGUAGAAUUCCAAUCACAAUUUAAUAAUACUUAUUUUUGUAAGUCUAUUAAUUGAUCUCCAACCCAUUGGAUGGCUGUUUUUAUCUUGAACUUUUUCAUCUUUCUCAACCUGAGUGACCCGUAUUGUAUGAGCAUCUUUAGUCCAUUUUUGAAUAAAGUUUCGUAUUUGAAUUGAA